AGCGGCGGCGCCCGGAGGGGGCCGUCAGACCGGGAGCGACGCCGGAGCGACACAGAGGCGAUAUUUUCUUUCCUUUUGAUACCUCUGACUUUUUUACGUGAUUUUUUUUUUUCCCUACCUUUAUUUAUCUAGGGGCUUGUUUUCUCUGACAUUUCAUAGUUAAGGGCAUUUUUUCCCUUGCAAGAAGUAGCAGCGGAGACAGGAGAAUCUCGUUAUUCCGAGGCUCCGGGAGAAACCUUCGCUUUCAGGCUCGCGCGUAGAAGGCGCGGCGAGUCCCGCCGGCAAGGACAAAAGAGCGGCCGCCGCCGAGCCCCGACCCCCGCCCCGCCAGCAUGAGCAGCGCCGAGAUGGGCAAGUUCAACAUCUCGCCCGACGAGGACAGCAGCAGCUACAGCUCCAACAGCAACGACUUCAGCUACCCCUACCCCACGAAGCCGGCUGCCAUGAAGAGCCACUAUGCGGAUAUUGAUCCAGAAAACCAAAAUUUUUUGCUCGACUCCAACCUUGGAAAGAAGAAAUACGAAACUCAGUAUCAUCCAGGUACUACUUCCUUCGGAAUGUCAGUAUUUAAUCUGAGCAAUGCUAUUGUGGGUAGUGGCAUCCUUGGUCUUUCUUUUGCCAUGGCUAACACUGGAAUUGCUCUUUUUGUAAUACUCCUGCUGUUUGUCUCAAUAUUUUCUUUGUAUUCAGUGCAUCUUCUUUUGAAGACUGCCAAUGAAGGAGGAUCCUUAUUGUACGAACAGUUGGGAAUGAAGGCUUUUGGUAUGGCUGGAAAACUUGCUGCUUCUGGAUCAAUUACAAUGCAGAACAUUGGAGCUAUGUCAAGCUACCUCUUCAUAGUGAAAUAUGAGUUACCAUUGGUCAUCAAGACAUUUAUGAACAUCGAAGAGACCACUGGAGAAUGGUAUCUCAAUGGUGACUAUUUAGUGCUGCUGGUGUCUGUCAUCCUCAUUCUUCCCCUGUCCCUACUGAAAAAUCUAGGUUAUUUGGGCUAUACCAGUGGCUUUUCCUUACUUUGCAUGGUCUUCUUUCUGAUUGUUGUAAUUUGGAAGAUGUUUCAGAUUCCUUGUCCUAUGGACAGUGUCAUCAUGAAUGUGACAUUAUUUAAUGCAACAGUGGCACCUUUGGUAGAUGAAAAUAUAACAAUUGACGAUAUGUGCAAGCCAAAAUACUUCAUCUUCAAUUCACAGACUGUUUAUGCUGUCCCAAUCCUAACAUUUUCUUUUGUCUGCCAUCCUGCAAUUCUUCCAAUUUAUGAAGAACUGAAAGGCCGAAGCCGUAAAAGAAUGAUGAAUGUGUCCUACGUAUCUUUCUUUGCCAUGUUCCUCAUGUAUUUAUUGGCUGCUCUCUUUGGAUACUUGACAUUCUACGGAAAAGUUGAGCCAGAACUGCUUCACACCUACUCUGCUUACCUGGGUGCUGAUGUUCUCCUUCUUAUUGUGCGUCUUGCUGUACUUAUGGCUGUAACCCUCACUGUACCUGUAGUUAUUUUCCCAAUCCGCAGUUCCAUUACCCAGCUGCUGUGGGCAGGGAAGGAGUUCAGUUGGUUGCGUCACUGCUCCAUUACUGUUGCUCUUCUGGCAUUUACCAACAUGCUCGUUAUCUUUGUCCCUACUAUUCGAGACAUCUUUGGAUUCAUUGGUGCUUCUGCGGCUGCCAUGCUGAUCUUUAUACUUCCUUCUGCCUUCUACAUCAAAUUAGUGAAGAAGGAACCAAUGAAGUCAGUGCAAAAGAUUGGGGCUUCAUUCUUCUUUCUAAGUGGUAUACUUGUGAUGACUGGGUGUAUGACACUGAUUAUUCUAGACUGGACCCAGAAUGUUACAUCUGAUGGCCAUUAACUGCCCUGGUUUAAUCUCUAUAAUACUCCACUUCAAAUGCCAGUGUUCACUCAGAUACCUACUGAGAAUGAAAAUGAGCUAUUCAGCUUCCUUUAAAAGGCAGAUUCUUUGUUGAUGGUUCUUCUGAUCGUAGAAUAUCUGAACUCUGUCUUUAAGAAACUAUUCUGCAUGAUGGAAGUGGAUAUUAACAUCAAACCACGUGAGUGUCUGGCUGAAGGAAGUGACAACUUUAUUCCAUUCCAGAGAAUGGACAGAACUCUGUAGACUUUUAUCAAGCCAUGUUUGGCUUUCGUCAUUGUUACUUGGAUAUUUUGUUAUUUUACUUGAAUGUGCCUAAUGGAACCAUUUGAUGUGAGAAAGAACUCUUUAAUUUACAGCAAAGUGUUUAAAUAACCAAUGAGAGAGCGAGAGAAAGAGAGAAACGCUAUUAUUUUUUGUACCAAAAAUUCUUAUGGACCUCAAAAGCACUAUUUUGACUUUAAGAAACAUUUUUCUAAAAAGAAUGAAAAAAUAACAUAGAAGAGCUCAGAAAGAUAUUUAAUUAGUGUCCUAAAUUGAACUCAGUUUGAUUUUCUUGAUCUCUUCACUCAUGUCACUAGUGACAGGACCCAAGGAAAGGGCAUGAAGGUGUUUUUACCCAGAGGGUGGCUGGGCACUGGAACAGGCUCCCUGGGGAAGUGCUCACAGCACCAGCCUGACAGAGUGCAAGAAGUGUUUGGACAAUGCUCUCAGGCACCAUGGUGUGACUCUUGGGGUGCCCUGUGCAUGACCAGGUGUUGGAUGUGAUGAUUGUGAUGGGUCCUUUCCCACUCAACAUACCUUAUGAUUCUGUAGAGUCAUAAUUAGAAGAAAUUUUAUUUUAAAAAUUCUUCUAAUGACCAAAACAGAAAAUAAGCAAAUUCAGAUCAAAAUUCUCAGAUACUAAACGCUUUCCAUGAAGUUUCCUUAGAGAAAAUACUCCUGAAAAUCAUUUCAGGGUUUCGUAAGUAACUAGAGUUACCAAAAAAUGGUGUGGAAACACAAAUUUUCAAACUUUAAAAAUCCCACCCUUUAGAAAAGGGUGCAUUUGAGAAAAACAUAAGUAAUCUAAAAUUGUAAAGAUGGCAUUGACAUUUCCCUUCUUGAGGUACUCAGUAGUGCAAUUGAGUAAAACAGGGUUUGGGAUUUUUGCUUUUUGGGUUUUGUUUUUUUUUCCUGUUGUAGAUAGAAACUGAAUGGCACUGGAGCAUACGAUGCCAUUAAUACAAAACUCCCUCCUCAAGUUCCCUUUAUUAAUAAGGUCCAUUGUCAGUUGUAACAAUGUUUGUUGGGAUUUUUUUCUAUCCAAUCUAUCUUGAAACACUCUGUAGGAAAACAAAAAAGUCCUAAUGUAGUCUUCUAGUUGUAUAAUAUUCAAAAACUGUACAGUAUUUCUCAAAUUCCUCAUCCGUUAUUGGAUUUUGAAUUACUUGACUAUUCUGUUUCUGAGUCAAAUCCACAAAAUAACUGCACCAAUAUGUCAUGCUUGGUACUAACUCUCUUCACAUACACAACUGGGAUUCCUCUUCCAAUUUAUACUGUAUAGUAGUAUUAAAAAUAACCUCAUAGGCUGGAUAGUCAUCUCAUACUUGUUUGCUUCUGAAAUAGCUAAGUUUCUAAGGAGCCAUAGCUGAUGAGACAGGUGCUGUAUGGUUGUGAUGAGCUAUUUUGUUUCUAGUGCAUGUUUGCUCUUUCAUUCUUGUCCCAGGUUGAAGAGAGGUAGCAUUUGUAUAACAGCGUACUUGGCUUACAGAGGUUCUCAAACACAGCAAUAUUGGGUACAAAAGCCUAGAUAGAGAUUAUUAAUGAAAUAGUCAUGGCAAUGUGGUCGGUCAACUGUCUUCAUCUGACACGACGUUUUAAAAAUCUGAUUUGUGAAAUCCCACUCAUUGUGUCAGAGAGACCAAGUAAAGGCCUGUAAUCCAUUGAUUAAACAGUGCCUGAAACUUUUUUGCUCUUUUAGAAUUAAUCUGAAAUUAAUCUAAACAAUAAUCACCAUUUGGCAGAUGAUGUCAAGCUCUGCCCAGCCAUUUAAAAUCUAUGGAAAAACAACUGCAGGUAUUUUGUAUUGAUACUUCUGCAUGACUGUAAGUACUGGUCACUAAGACUAUAGUGUAAAACUGUAAUGACAAGUUAUAUUCCUCAUGUGUUAUUUGUAAUAUUAAUUCGGUGGUACUCAACUGGCAAUUAAUGAUCCUGGAGUCAGCACUGACUAACGCUCCGUAGGUACUUCUCUGCCUCAGGUACUGUACAUCCAUGGCUAACUAUUCCAUGUUACCUGAUCUCCACAGAAGUGCUGAGCAUGUGCCUCCUCAGUACUUUGGCAGCUUUUCUUCUUCCUCUGCAAAUGCGCAAAGAUGGAAGAGGAUUAAAAUGUUGUCUACCUUUGAGCAAUUUGUAGCACAUAAGGGAUGAAGUGCUUCCCUUGCAUUUAAAAAGAGGAAAGAAAGUGAGAAAUCUCCUCCUUUCUCACAGCAACCCUAGAAGAGGAAGGAGUUGUGAGAAGUUACUACAGAUUCCUUCUUUGUAGUUGGGAAGGGAAAGAGAUUUUUGUGGUGACACCUCAUAGUGUAUUGUACAUGUCACUAAUUCUCUGAAUGUAGCAAUUUCCAGAUUAUACAUUAUGUGUUAUAUAAUUUGAUGACUGACUCUCCACCUGCAACAGUUGAGUUCCACUUGGCUGGGUCGAUUUCCAACAUGUGAUUUUUUUAAUUAUUAUUUUUUUCCAAACCUGUCUGUUGAAAGUUACCUACAUUACAAACCACCUAAAAGAGCAGCUUCAGUAUUAAACCACUGUUCUGUCACCUCAGUUAGACAUUACUGUCUUCCAUGAUAUUUCAGUCAUAAAUGUAACAUGUUAUUUAUAAAACAUUAAUCCAUUAAAACUAAAACUAUUUUUCAAUAUUUAUGAUAGUCUAUGUACAUAAAUUGUAUGUGUGUACAUACUGUAAGUAUAAUGUAUAUAAUGUAGGUUUGGAGUCCAGGAUUUAUGUAUAUAUUCCUCUCUCAUUACUGAUUGUUACAUCAUUUCAAGGAGUUGUCCAUGUUGUACAUCUGUGUAACAGCUGUCAAAGGAAAGAACCUUUUUCAACAAAGUGUAAUGCUUACAGAGAUGAAAGAAGUGUGUUACGCCUAAGGUGUGUAAGAAAACACUAAGAUUGUAUUUAUUACAAAUGUAUAUGUUGCAAUAAACACAGGAAUCACUUGGGUCCAUAGAAAGCAUUGUUCAGGUUCAUGUAUACUUUCUCUCUAAAAUUUACCAUGGAUGUUACGAUUUCCUGAAUGCAGCAAGUUCACCACCUCUUCGAUCUAACGCUCGUUAGUUCGGCCGCCAGGUUCGGGCAUCCCGCGGUACAUCCGUGUACAUAUGUAAAUACCCGCCUUACUGGGAGGGGCCAACAGCCUAGCUACGGUUGCAGGCUAGACUGGUGGCCAGCAACACCGUUUCAAUGAAACAUUGUAUGUUUGUUUUAACUGAAAUAAAUAAAUAGAUAAUCCUAA